AUGUCACAUACGGACGUAGGUGCCAGUGCCGCUGGAAGCUCGCGCGAAACAGGUGUGGAUGAUGUACCAGAGACGGCGAUUGGAACACUUGCCACGCAGACAAACAGAGCCAGAGACGCCAAAGAAUCGGUGCUGCGACGGCUCCAUUUCUUGGGACGAAAGUUCAAUAUCUUGGACCGGUUGCCACGGCGUAACAGCGGCGAUUCGCCGCUGUCGCUGUUGCAAUAUGGUGCCAACGCGGACGGUGUGUUCAGUAACUUGACGGCGAAACCUGACACGCGUGACGGCGCCGGAACCGUUCCUGAGAGUGACAAACCACCCACGUACGACGAGGCCGCUGCAGAUAUCGUGCCGUCUUACUAUGGGAUGGACGAAGACGGUGCUGGCAUGUAUUAUAACGAGAUUUGUUUUGAAGGUUUACCAGUUGGGAACGUAGUCAAUUUGCUGUGGAACAUCAUCGUGAGCGUAAGUUUCCAGUUUGUUGGGUUUUUGCUCACGUACAUACUGCACACGUCGCAUGCGGCGAAGCAAGGAUCUCGGCUGGGGCUGGGGCUCACAUUUCUCGGGUAUGCGUAUUCGAUGAUUCCAAGCGACGUUACGUCCAAAGUGGGUCGUACCAAGCAGGUAGACCGGAUUGAGCCUGUAAACCCAAACGACAUCAACGAUGCACGUGUUUACGCGGGUGAGGCGUCACGAGACGAGUUCGAAUCGCAACUGAGCCAUGGAGUAGUGGACCAGAAACAGAACAUGCCGUUUUUGGUGGUACUGUUGCUAAUUUCCGGUAUUUUGAUCGUGUGCAAAGCCAUUUACGACUACGUUAAGGUCAAGAAAAUGGAGAGACGAUAUCUCACGCAGGAGCGCGUGUAG